CACCGUCAGUGAGGCUGCAGGGCCCUGUGCAGGGGAGCGACGGCCAUGAUGCCAUGGCCCUGUCAAACCACGCCUCCUCCGUUACAGGGCCCCGGCCUGGUGGCUACCGGCGGCAACACAUCCUACAGCGGCUCCCGGUGACCGGCGCUGUCCGCUCACAGCCCUGGAGAGAGAGCCCGCACUCAGUGUCCCCAGUUACCCGGGUGACCGCGGCCAUUUUCCUGUAGUCUGCUCUCACUUCACACAGGCAGACACUGAGGAUCCCCCUCUGUACUGCACACCCGGGACCAUGGCAGCUGUGUGACAGAUGUGCCUGACGCUGUUUCUUCCAAAGAUGAAUUUCACAGCCCAAUCUCUUCACCUCAUUCUACAAACACAAUUGGAUGUAGGAACAUCUAUAAAUCAGGCACAAGUCAGCGAGCGCCUGAGAGAGAAGUGACUAAGAAAUCAAUUUUAUGUGACGGAGGACACAACAUUAAUCCAGUGACACAGUAUACAUCUACUCAUAUUAUGGAGGAACCAGUCUCAUGUGAUGGAGGAACCCUCAGAGAUACCAACAUAUAUACACCUACAGAUCAUACACAGUAUACAUCUACUCAUAUUAUGGAGGAACCAGUCUCAUGUGAUGGAGGAACCCUCAUAGACACCAACAUUUAUACACCCACAGAUCAUACACAGUAUACAUCUACUCAUAUUAUGGAGGAACCAGUCUCAUGUGAUGGAGGAACCCUCAGAGAUACCAACAUAUAUACACCUACAGAUCAUACACAGUAUACACCUACUCAUAUUAAGGAGGAACCAGUCUCAUGUGAUGGAGGAACCCUCAGAAAUACCAACAUUUAUACACCCACAGAUCAUAUACAGUAUACAUCUACUCUUAUUAUAGAGGAAUCAGUCUCAUGUGAUGGAGGAACCCUCAGAGAUACCAACAUUUAUACACCCACAGAUCAUACACAGUAUACAUCUACUCAUAUUGAGGAGGAACCAGUCUCAUGUGAUGGAGGAACCCUCAGAGAUACCAACAUUUAUACACUCACAGAUCAUACACAGUAUACAGCUACUCAUAUUGAGGAGGAACCAGUCUCAUGUGAUGGAGAAACCCCCAUAGACACCAACAUUUAUACACCCACAGAUCCUACACAGUAUACAGCUACUCAUAUUAAGGAGGAACCAGUCUCAUGUGAUGGAGAAACCCUCAUAGACACCAACAUUUAUACACCCACAUAUCAUACACAGGAUACACCUACUCAUAUUAAGGAGGAACCAGGCUCAUGUGAUGGAGGAACCCUCACAGACACCAACAUUUAUACACCCACAGAUCAUACACAGUAUACAGCUACUCAUAUUAAGGAGGAACCAGUCUCAUGUGAUGGAGAAACCCUCAUAGACACCAACAUUAAUACACCCACAGAUCAUACACAGGAUACAGCUACUCAUAUUAUGGAGGAACCAGUCUCAUGUGAUGGAGGAACCCUCACAGACAGUGACAUCUAUACACCCACAGAUCAUACACAGGAUACAUCUACUCAUAUUAAGGAGGAACCAGUCUCAUGUGAUGGAGGAACCCUCACAGACACCAACAUUUAUACACCCACAGAUCAUACACAGUAUACAUCUACUCAUAUUAUGGAGGAACCAGUCUCAUGUGAUGGAGGAACCCUCACAGACAGUGACAUUUAUACACCCACAGAUCAUACACAGUGUACAUCUACUCAUAUUAAGGAGGAACCAGUCUCAUGUGAUGGAGGAACCCUCACAGACACCAACAUUUAUACACCCACAAAUCAAACACAGGAUACAGCUACUCAUAUUAAGGAGGAACCAGUCUCAUGUGAUGGAGGAACCCUCACAGACACCAACAUUUAUACACCCACAAAUCAUACACAGGAUACAGCUACUCAUAUUAAGGAGGAACCAGUCUCAUGUGAUGGAGGAAACCUCACAGACAGUGACAUCUAUACACCCACAGAUCAUACACAAUAUACAUCUACUCAUAUUAAGGAGGAACCAGGCUCAUGUGAUGGAGGAACCCUCACAGACACCAACAUUUAUACACCCACAGAUCAUACACAGUAUACAGCUACUCAUAUUAAGGAGGAACCAGUCUCAUGUGAUGGAGGAACCCUCACGGACACUGACAUUUAUACACCCACAGAUCAUACACAGUAUACAGCUACUCAUAUUAAGGAGGAACCAGUCUCAUGUGAUGGAGGAGACCUCACAGACAGUGACAUUUAUACACCCACAGAUCAUACACAGUAUACAGCUACUCAUAUUAAGGAGAAACCAGCCUCAUGUGAUGGAGGAACCCUCACACACACCAUUUGUCCACCAACAAUUCGUAUGAAGGUGGAAUCAUAUUUUGCUUCCAGCUCCAAUACUACUAACCAACGAAGAUCUCACACAAUAGAGAAGCCAUUUGAAUGCUCCGAAUGCGGCAAAUGUUUUGCUUUCAAUGCUCAGCUCAUUGUCCAUCAGAGGACUCACACUGGAGAGAAACCAUUUGAAUGCUCUGAAUGUGGAACACGUUUUGCUUCCAACUCCCAGCUGGUGGCACAUCGAAGAACUCACACAGGAGAGAAGCCGUUCCGAUGCUCUGAAUGUGGGAAAUGCUUUGCUUUCAGUGCUCAACUCAUUUUACAUUGGAGAUCUCACACCGGAGAGAAGCCAUUCGUAUGUUCUGUCUGCGGGAAAUGUUUUGCGUUCAACACUCAGCUUGUCGUACAUCAGAGGACUCACACCGGAGAGAAGCCAUUUGAGUGCUCUGAAUGUGGCAAAAGAUUCCGUGUGAAGUACUCGCUAGUUACGCAUGGGCGAAUCCACACCGGAGUGAAACCGUACGCAUGCGAUGAAUGUGGGAAGAGUUUCAUCAAUCAGUCCACACUGGCUAAACACGAGCGGGUGCACAAGGAGGAGAAGCAGUAUGUGUGUUGCGUCUGCGGGAAACGCUUUAUCAACUGGUCAACUUUUGUCAAACAUAAGAGAACUCACACGGGAGUGAAGCCGUACGUCUGCUCUGAGUGUCAGAAAUCGUUUACCACCAAGGCUUCGCUCGAUAAGCACCGGAGACUUCACACGGGAGAGAAGCCCUUUGUGUGCCAUGAGUGCGGCAAAUCAUUAGCUACCAAGGCAUCUCUCGUCAUUCAUGAGAGGAUUCACACAGGCAUCAAUCCGUACGUGUGCGCAGAGUGCGGCAAGUCAUUGACCACCAAGGCCUCGCUCGCCAUGCACGAGAGGACUCACACAGGGGAGAAGCCGUGCGUGUGCCCUGAGUGUGGCAAAUCGUUUAGGCUCCUGUCCACGCUCGCUCAUCAUAAGAGAAUCCACACAGGAGAGAAGCCCUACGUGUGCCCCCAGUGUGGGAAGAGCUUCACCAACCAGUCCGGGCUCGCUAAACAUAAGACCGUCCAUACAGGGGAGACGCCUUGCGUCUGUGCCGACUGUGGCAAACGGUACAGAGAUCGCUCGUCUUUGAGUAGACAUCGAAGAAGCCACAGAGAAAAGAAGUGAAGGUCCUUCUGAGUUUUUGCCUAUGACUCUACACUAGUUAUACAAAAAAUGUGGGUAGAAGUAAAAUAUACAGAGGUGGGCAGGUUUGUUGGUACCCUUCAUUAAAAAAGAUCCCAUAUUUUUCUCUGAAAUAAAAGGAAUUGGCCUCCACCAUGGUUUAUUAAGAGAAA